AGGAUCAGUGCAUUGUCACAGUGCUAAAUCAUGUUUAAGAACGGACGCCCCAUUUUCCGGAAAAAGGGCUCCUCAUCCAGUAAAAUGGAUGAGAGUGCCUCGGAAACGAUUUCGAAGUCCUCCGCGGCAGCCACAGUCAACAACGUGCCUGAGACUACGACCACUCUCUCUUCGAACCCUGUCGCUUCGUCCUCGGCCCCUGUAAAGGACAAGCUAAGUACAACAACGAACCCCCCUGCUGGAAAAAUUGUUGCUGACUCAAGUGACUCCACCAAGCACCGUCCUACCAAAAAAAUGGAGUCUCUUCAAGCCUUACGAUACAUCACGGCCUUGCAGAUGGUGUACUUCCAUUAUUUUCAAAACACACCUUGGCCUUUGUUCAAUCGAGCCAGUGCAUGGGGUAAUUCACCCUUCACCUUCAUUCUGAUGCUUUCUGGCUUUGUCAUGUCCUACGUGUACGGACGUAACGACAAGAAGAUCGACGUGACGGAAUUUCUUAUCAAGCGAUGGGCGAAUCUCUACCCUCUCUAUCUCGUCACCGUUAUCGCUGGGUUCCUUCUUAUUCCUUCGCAAGUCCCGCAGCCGUUGGCUAUGCUAUUUAUCCUCUUAGCAGGCGCCAGUGGUUUCAUCCCUUCCGCCUUCAUCAACGAUAUCAAUACUCCGGGAUGGACAAUUGGAGCGCUCUUCAUCCUCUAUUCCAUCUUUCCUUUCUCCGUGCGCAUGCUCAAAGCGUGCUCAAGGCGCACCCGGAUCUUUGUCUGUAUGCCGAUCUUCUUCGCCUGCUCCAUCGCCAAGCCCGUCUCGGAUCUGUCGGUCAAUUUGGGCAUCCUAAGUGGCUUGGUCCGCUUGGCCGCCUUGUCCUCCAUCCCGGAUUUCCUUCAGGGAAUCAACCUUGGUAUUCUCUUUCUCGAGCACGAUUGGACAAAACAUCCCCUUGUCCUGCAGAAAUUCGGCAUGAGCGCCUGCUUGUUGGCGCUCUGCUGCAUUUUCGUCUUCGUGGACCUCUUUGACCUGCCCGUCUUCUUCCAGCUGUGGCGUGCCUAUGGCAUGUUGCAACCCCUGUGGAUGGCCGUCAUUUGGUACGCCGCCCACGGCAAGGACUACUUGUCCCUCAUCUUCGAGCUCCCUUUCAUUUCGUACCUGGGGAACACGUCUUUUGGGGUGUACAUCCUCCAACAGCUCCUGAUCGAUUACAAGUGGAAGAACGACCCCUUCCUGCUGAUGAACAACCAUCCGCAGCUCCUUUCCUUCUCCCUUAUUUUGACGGCCUUGGGUGCACUUGGAUAUCAUUGCAUCCAAUUGCCGUACCAGCCGUACAUCAGUCGGGAGGGCAACGCGCUGUUGAAAAAGUUCCGCGCCUCCCGUUGGGGCACGGCCUCCAAGAGCCUUCUUUUCCUGAUUGCGGACACGUGGAUCGGACGGGGGCUGACCUGGAUCGCAUUCUACGUCGGAUACCUCAUCUACACGAACUACCAACCCUGCCUGCCCGUUGACUUCGACCAGAAGCUUGUCAACACACGGUGGUUCACCCGGAACGAUUGGAACUGGCUCAUCAAUUGGUACAUGACGCCGUGCACACCCCGACGGCUGAUCCCCAUCGAAAUCAGCGACAUUAUCGAGUACGCGGCCAUGGGCCUGGCUGCCCUGGGGCUCUUGGGGUACGUCCUCAGCUACCUGGGGGGUGCAUCGAAGGUUUUCUCGCAGCCGGGCCAACGCCCCACCCGGAAUGUGGAUCUCAGCGAUGUGGAAAGCGCCGUGGUCCUGCGCGUCGUCUGCAGGUCUCACACGCCCGCCGAUGAGAUCACCGCCACAUUGAACCGCCUGAUCGACGUGGCCUCUGAAUUGAAGACCCAGUACCCGAGCAAGACGAUUGCCCUGGAGGUGGUCGGAGCGGCGGGGACUUACGACUACACCCUCCCUGCCUCCCUCCCGCCGUCGUCCUUGGACGUCACCCUGCUCAACAUGCCAUUCGAAGCGGCCCGAUCUCGCAGCCAGACACAACCCCAGGAUAUGAUCAUCAGCCUUCCGGUAGGCGCCCGUCUGGGCAGUGCCUCCGCCAUCCUCCGUAUCCUCUCCCAGGCGUCCAGUAAGGCCGUGGUGGCCUUCUCUCUUGGUGUGGACGGCUCUGACGAGGUCCUACCCAGUCUGGGCACUUUGGCAGAAUUGAAUUUCCAAGCACCUCUUUCUCGCCGGCCCUGCCUUUUGGUUGGCACGGCCGCAUUGCAUCGGAAGCUUUCCAGCUACGCCACUUUCGCGGCCUUGGAGCACGGGACGCGGGGUUCUGACCUCUUAGCCCUUGCACCCGCUCCCUCGUCCUCCCUCCCGCUCUCCCUUGGGACCUUCCACUCUACCCCUUCCCUGACCGCCCACCUGGCCCGGCGACGCGCUUUCCUCAAGCGGGCCACCGUGGACUGGACGUCGACGGAAAUGGCCGCGGAGGCCUUUCGCCUCCUCUGUGAGAGCGCCUUCCACCUGGGCUUCGUCCUUGCCUUCGCCGUCGUCAUUGGGACGCCGGUCCACAUUGUGUAUGCCCCCGGCAACUACUGCAACUUCUACUGGUACGUUCCGGCCUCUCCCCAUGUUCCAACUUUUGAAACAUGGCUGGAGGGCUCUGUGGGAGGGAUGAUGAUGAUUCUUAAUUGUACCCGCGUGCACCCUACAUCUGUCUAGGUCCAACCAGUGCACGAACGGCGUGGCAGAAGGGAUGUACUUGUCGCGCGUGAUCAUGACCUGUAUUUGUGCCAUCUACACGACCGGUUACUUCGCGCGAUUUUUGUUCGCUUUCCGACUGACGGAAGGCGGUUUGGUCCGUUCCAUCAUCUUGACAUUCCUCCUCCUUUUCCUCCUACCUGUGACGGCUUUCGUGGAAGCGGGUCACUGCCUGUGGGCAGCGUUUGCUAUGUUCAAUCCAGGGGCGAUCGGAGUGGAAAAACGGUCCACAACGCCCUCCUCUGUUGCCAAGCAAAACUCCAUGGAAACAUCCUUGUUCAGUCCUUCUGCACAUGCAUAAAUAAAAAGGUUGUCGGUCGGGAAGUAGGCAUCAAAAAGGCUGCUUUUGGGGGAAGGGGAACUUUGAGGCAGAGCUCACGUGCGUCAAAAUCUCAGUAGCUCGUCAGCUACAGAGGCGCGAAGCAUGGACGUGAACGGAAGCCUGAUAGCGAACGAUAAAGGUGGGAGACGAAAGAAAGCAAGAAGAAAAAUUGCGGAAACAUAUUGUAGACAAGACACGAAGGCGGGAGUGGGGUCCAGGAGAGUGUCCUCCCAUGAAACUGCAGUAGAAAUUUCACAGAAGAGCGGGCCUGGGAAAGGGAUAUGAUUGUAAGGGUGUCCACAAAUUGCAUUGUUUACCUGGCGAUGGCAACGAUUGUGAGGGUGUGUGAGAAGAGAGAAGCGUGAUGAUAUGACGGUAUGGGUUUGAUGAAGAGCAUUCGCACUGACACACAAAGGGUUGGAACCAGUCCUAGUCAUGGUGGGCCAGAAUUUAGAGAUGCAAGUAAACGUGAUCACGCUGAGGGGAAAAAGGCAUGAAUCACAAAGCUUUGAGGAAAAAUAUGGGAUAUCAUUGUAUUGUCACAAUAUGAAUGGCACAAGUGUGAAGCAAAUAGAGCGAAGAUAUAGAAUGAUAAUGUAGUGGCGAGAUUGAGCUACUAUCUUAUACCUGUAAUCAAGCCCUAAUUGACUUUUCGUGGACGAGAUUUUUGCCUCUUUAAAUCCCAAAAAAACAGAGCAUGGGUUGGUCGCACAUGAAAGCAAUGUGGAGGGAUGAAACAGGCCGCAGCAUGUGUGACGCUCUACCUCGACACUAAAAUCCUUACCCUUUUGACCUCUGACCCUUUUGAUCCUUUGAGUUUUCCUUCUAGUUCUCUGUACUUACAUUGACCGGUAAAACACUGCGAUUGCCUGCCCUCAUUACAUACAGAGGCAGCGUCCCCACUAAUCCUGCACAGAGCGGCCAAAUUUUUCUCUCUUUAAUCAUUAUAUUGUCCGCUCCAGAGUCUAAACCCUGUAUAUUAAGGCCGCUGCGCCGAGUCCCUUUUUUGGUAAGACAUUCUUGAGAGCUCUAUUGGCACCAUCAGCGCUCGACAUGCUUCGGCCUUCAAAAGGUUCGGACUUCUUUGCCCACCUAAUCCAUGCGUUUUCUGAUGUAGAAAACUACAAAGAAGUCACGGCCCCGAUGUAUGCGCCCAACUUGCUUCUCCUAGAAAGCAGAGCCCUAUCCACUCGGGUAAUAGCAAGGACUUUAUCAGAGACCGGGUCCCUGUCCCUUCUCCCCAAAAGGAUGCAGGUAAGCCCGUAAAUCCGACGAAGGGGACAGCCAAAACAGCACCACACGGAUCUCUCUUCCCUUCCCUCCCCCCUAGGCCAAAUAACUCUCCAAACUCUCCCCACUCAAGUCUUCAAUGUAGGCAAUGGUAGUCUUACAUUCCUCCACCACCUCCUCCCUCUCGUCCUCCAAUAGUUCGCUCAAGUAGGCAAUGCUCUCCGGCAGCAUGGCCAGGUACUCCUCGCCCACUACGACGAAGGUCUCUCUCAGCGUCCGCAACGCCACCCAGCGGACCUCCCAGGCUCGUGCCCGAGUCUGCAUGAGCACCUGAUGGUGGUAAGGCUUCCACAACACGUCUUUCCCCGCCGCCAGGGCCAUGUAAGCGAGGCAAGGGAUGAGAUUCGCCUCCGCCAGUGCCCGGUAAGUGGAAUUAGCAGAGGGGGAGGAAGCAGGAGGGAGGAAGGAGUGGAGGCCCGUUAUCAGUCCCGUGAGGAGGGGAAGAAUGGCGUCAAAGCGCGUUUGCGUCAGGAAAUUUCCGUCCUCCUCGCCCUCGUCGUCGCACUGAAAGCACUUGGUCAAAGCCGUCAAGAUCAGGGUGAUGAGGAUCGGGCCUUGCUUCUCAGGCUCCAACCCGCCCUCCAUCCUGUCCUCCCCGGUGGCUCCCUCCUCCUCCCGCCGACGUUUUUUCUCCUUCUUCUUCUCCUUGGAGACUUCCCCGUUGUGAACGGCAAGAAUGCUGGAGGGCACAGAGGAGGAGGACGGGAUGGAGAAAAGACGUAAGUCUGCUUGAAUGUCGCUCCAGAUGUAGCCAAAGUAUGGCACAAAAAUGCUCUGCAAGGAGGAAAGAAAAGA